CUUUUAACUCUGAAUCCCCUCCGAAAAUCAUGGAACAUUCCAAUUCACAAACGAACGUGAUCUGAAUACAAAAUCCAACGGAACAACGGAGACAAAAGGUUUCUGAAAUUUCUGGGGAAUUCAGCAGCACCAUCAUAACCAUCCAACGGGACAAAACUUUCAAUUCAAAUUCCAUGCGGAGCCUCGUCGGGUUGUAGAUUGGCGGCUCAUGGCAAUCUUGCAUUGUCGUGGGGCGCCGACGAAACCACUUUGGGGAUUGCUUCUCUUGGCGCAGUGUCGGAUGCAUUGCAAGAUUUGAAUGCGAAUGGAAAGGUGAUUUUUGGGAAGCACAAAUGGAGGGGACCACAGUCCGUUCCGUCCUUGUUUUCUUGGUUUUUCUUGUUGGCUCGGCGGUGGUGGUGCAUUCGGGAGGCUGCCGGAAAGUUUUAGGAACCCUUUCUGGGAAUGAAUUGCCUGCUAAUUCCCAAGAAGCGGCAGAGCAGGUUUGGAUUCAUUGCGGGAAAGAAAUGAAGGAUAGGACAGAAGCUGUUCAAAUUUUUGACAGAAUAAAUGGAUAUCCAGUUCAUGCAUCUGGCGACAAAGCAGAGUCUAGGACUUGGUUUAAUAAAUACUGGCCUUUUGGCUUCUCUGAUGUUCCAAGAAGGUACCUUCAGUCACGUAAGGAUAAGGCACAAACACAUGCUCAAGCACCAGGUCCUGCAGCUUCAUCUCCCACCCAUGCUCGAGCACUGGGCCCUGCAGCUGCGUCACCACGUUAUGCUCCAGCACCUGGCCCUGCAGCUGCAGAGCCAGCUUAUGAUCCAGCACCUGCCAGCUCCCCAUCUCCAAUAUUACCAGCCCCUGCUAAGAAACGAUCUCCACCUCUACCGCCAAAGCUGAAUGUCUCACCUCCCCCACCCAAAGUUAAACGCCCUCCACCAGCUCCUGAUUCUGAUCCUCCACCACUUAGUGUUCCGAAUCCUCCAAAGACAAAGAUUAGCAGUGACGAAUGGGAGUAUAUGAUUAUUGCUAUAUCUGUAGCCUCUGCGGCAAUACUCGCCCUUGCUGUAGUGCUCUUCUUUAUCUGUCUGAAAAACAAUAACAAUAAAGUUGACCCCACAGACGGACAGAGAGAUGAGAAACCUCUUCUUAACACUGGCUUAGGUGGAAAUUCAAGUAACAAGGAUUUCAAGACUUCAUCUGUUAAGAACAAUUCAACUGAUGGUGAUGGUUCUUUAAUCCUCCAAGGUCAAUCAUCUGAAGCUUCAUCUGGAACCAGCCAGGAAACAUCCACAACUCAUAAAGGAAUAGCACCUGCAGCUCCUCCACCACCUGGGCCUGCUCCUCCUCCUCCACCUAAACCUCCUGCUCCCAGAGCUCCACCACUUCCAAAAGUUGUUCGACCUCCGCCAGUUCCACUAGCUAAGCCUGGACCUCAUGGACCACAUCAUCGAGGACAUUCUUCUUCAGGUGGAGGAGAUGAAACUGCUGGUGAAGCUGAUGGUCAGAAAACCAAGUUAAAGCCAUUCUUUUGGGACAAGGUUCUUGCAAACCCUGAUCAGUCAAUGGUUUGGCAUGAACUUAAAGCUGGAUCAUUCCAGGUUAAUGAGGAGAUGAUGGAAAGUCUGUUUGGAUAUACUCCUGAAAUGAACAAGUAUGAUCGUCGGAAAAAUUCAUCAUCUGAUGUAACACCCCAGUUUAUCCAGAUUAUCGAUCCUAAGAAGGCACAAAAUUUGGCAAUUCUUCUAAAAGCAUUGAAUGUGACAACAGAAGAAGUCUGUGACGCACUAAAGGAAGGUAAUGAGCUUCCUUUUGAGCUCGUCCAGAGUUUGAUAAAGAUGGCGCCAACAACAGAAGAAGAGCUAAAGCUUAGGCUAUACAAUGGCGAUCCUUCUCAUCUAGGACAUGCUGAGCGAUUUCUAAAAGUCAUGGUUGAUAUUCCAUUUGCAUUUAAACGGAUGGAAUCAUUGUGUUUCAUGAGUUCUCUUCAGGAAGAUGUCCGUACGCUUAAAGAGUCUUUUGAAACCUUAGAGGUAGCAUGCAGAGAGCUCAGAAACAGUAGACUUUUCCUGAAACUGUUAGAAGCAGUUCUCAAAACUGGUAACCGUAUGAAUGUCGGUACCUUCCGUGGAGGCGCCCAGGCAUUCAAGCUCGACACACUUUUGAAACUUUCUGAUGUAAAAGGAACUGAUGGCAAGACCACACUUCUUCACUUUGUUGUCCAGGAGAUUAUUCGAUCUGAAGGGGUGAGAGCUGCACGUAAAGCAAGAGAGAGCAAUAGCAUAUCCAGCAUCAACACAGAGGAUCUUGUUGAGGAUUCUACUCGUGAAACCUCGGAGCACUAUCGCAGCCUCGGUCUUCAGGUAGUUUCUGGGUUAAGUAAUGACCUGCAGAAUGUAAGAAAGGCAGCAAAUAUAGAUUCUGAUGGUCUUACAUCUACAAUAUCUAAGCUUGGUCACUCACUGAUAAAAACUAGAGAGUUCUUGAAUAAUGAGAUGAAAGAUUUAGAGGAAGACAGCAAGUUCCACCAUAGUCUUGUCAACUUUGUCCCGCAUGCGGAGGAGGAGAUUGCAAAGAUUCUGGAGGAAGAAAAAAGAAUAAUGGCACUGGUCAAGAGUACAUCAGAUUACUUUCACGGGAAGGCUGUGAAAGAUGAAGGCUUGCGGUUGUUUGUAAUUGUCCGCGAUUUCUUGAAAAUAUUGGACAUUACAUGUAAGCAGGUGAAGGAGUUGGCAGCGAAAGCUAUGAAGACUCCUGCAAAAGAGACUUGCGCAUCAACUUCUUCUGAAACACCCCGGAUGAAGCCGUUGCCUGAUGUUCGCCAACGGCUAUUCCCGGCCAUCAAGGACCGCCGGGUGGAUGAUGAUUCCAGUUCUGAUGAUGAGAGCUUCUCCCCAUAACUCUUCAUCAAUGUAGGAUGGCGCAUGAAGCAGGUUUGCAAUGUCGAGGAAGGGCUUUUGAGAUGGGUAAAGCAGGCGUAGGGCGACCAGUUCUUGAAUUUGGUAAAGCAGUUUAGACAUCACUCGAUAAACUGCUGCACAUCCAGCUUGAUUACUGUAAGAUAUGUUAAAUAUGUCCAUGAGCAAAAUUACCAAGCUUUGGUAGAAUGGGGUUGUCCUCCUCCACUUCCCCUAACAUUUCAUCUUUGUUUCUUGUGUUGUGGAGAGGUACUUCUGUUGCAGGCUUUAACCAAAAUUGAAGUUUGUAAAAAUUCAGAGUUUAGCAGGGAACACAUUCUUGGAAAUGCAUCAAAUUUUCAACCUCCUUUAGAGACAAACAUAGCAAGUAAAAUGAUACACCACUGAUAUCAUAUCAUUUGAAGCAAAUGCUAGAUGUCAUCCUUUCAUACAUUCCUGCAUUUAUAUCGGAAUUAACAGUCUCAUGCUACACAUAUUCCUGUAUAUCUUCUCCGUCUUUUGCCUUGAGAUCUGUAAUAAAGCAUUCAGCUUUGAGUUUUCAUCCUGAAAAGAGCAUCUACAGGUAAUGGAAAUUACGUACUUGUUCAUGAAAACAAAUUGCUCUCCCCUUUAGUAGAAGAGCUGUAAAUAAGAACAAGAGCCGGUUUAGUUAUUUCUAUGCUGUUCACUAGCGUGCCAUCUGAAUUCAUUUUGUCUUACAUUUGUCCUAGUCUGUUCGUGAUCGAUAAGGAUGGAGUUUUCUUUGAAUUCGUUAGGCAUCAUUUUUGUUACUUAUCCUCUGGACUUAACGAAAUUGCAUGCAGGAAAUGUGAUGUUAUUUCGCGUUCAGUGUCUUUCACCCAAUCUAUGUGCAAGUGAAUCGUCGAUAAGGACCAAAUCUUACAGAAACUUCUUUCCUUUGAUGCACCUGCAACUUACAAGCAUGCCGUGUCCUUGAUCUUUGUUAUAGAAAGGGUAUAUGUUUGUCUCAAGUGUUGCUUUUAACCAUUGCUUGCAUAUAUAUAUGCUGUCUUUCCAGCUGAUAUUACAGUACAAAAUGCAAGUUGCUCAAUAUGCACACUUGGUUAAUCUUGUUGCACUUUGAAGGCUCUGUGUAUUUGGCUACUCAUUUUGGGGCUUCAGACUUUUCACAUUCUCUCAAUUCCAUACUGUGAUUCAACUUGAAUUCAAUUGCUUGUCUACAAAUUUGUGUUUUACUUGUCAUUAAGUGUAGAUUAAGGGUGAGUUUUGCUAAGGCUGUUGUUCUGUGAUUGGAAGAUUACGGGUUCAAGUUGUUGAAACAACUUCUUUUGCAAAACACAGAUGAUGCCGCUUUACAAAAUUGACUGUUUACUAACCCUAUGCAAAGGAUAAUCUUUGGAACCCCUUUUUGUUGCCAUAAUGCUAUUCGUACACAGUGUUUUAAUAC